AUGAUUGUGGAAGAAGAAAAAAAACCUAAUCCGAUCCACAUAGUUCCUGAUCUACUGGAAGAAAUCUUCAUUGGUCUGCCAUUGAAAUCAAUCAUCAGAUUCAAAACCGUCUCAAAACAAUGGAGAUCAAUUCUUGAAUCGGAGAUGUUCGUGGAGAGGCGUAUGAGUCUUAAAAAAAGCCACCAGAAAAUUCUGGCUGCUUACAACUGUGACUGUGGGAAACGACCGAGACUCCUCCCCGAUUCACGGUCCGAAGGAGACGAAGAGAUCGUUUUUCUUCACUGCAACGGCACGCAACAAGCCUCGAUGAUGACUUGCGACGGUUUCGUCUGCUUCCCCGAACCAGAUUGUGUCAACGUUUUAAACCCAUUAACCAGACAACUCCGGACAUUUCGUUCCUCCCGAGGAACAAGGUCGGGAAAUUGGGUCAUGGGAUUCGGUAGAGACAAAGUUAAUGGGAGCUAUAAAGUAGUGAGGAUGUGUUUUGAGGAAGAAGGGUAUCAUGUUCUUGAUGUUGAAUGUGGUAAAUGGAGGAAACUGAGUCGACCUCCUUACAAGGUCAAUGUGGGAAAGAAAUCAGUGUGUGUGAAUGGAUCAAUCUACUGGUUAAAACUUGGGUGGGGUUAUUUCAAUAUACUAGCCUUGAAUCUUCACACACGAGAGUUUCACAAUGUAUCGGUUCCAGAUACAUGGGUCACGCAAGAAACACAUUUAGUGAACCUUGAGGAACGUCUAGCCAUAGCCAAAACGAGAACUGGAGCUGAAUGGAAACUAGAGAUAUGGAGUAUGGAUGCAGAAGAAGAAAUAUGGAGCAACACUUAUUCUAUAAGUUUAGAUUGUCUAGGUAUUAAACCAUGGAAGACAACUUGGGGAACUUGGUUCACGCCGGUGACAGUUUCUAAGUUAGGAAAUGUUGUCUUCUGUGACAAUCACAAGAAGUUGUUCAAAUAUUACCAAGAAACAGGAAAGAUUCAUUGUCUCGCCUCAGAUAUUUGUGUUAUAUCUCCUUACCUUGAGAAUUUGGUCUCACUUCGGUCUGAACUGGGAUAUCAUUCGUAUCUGGCAAUCAUGACAUCUAGAUGCAGAUUGUUUUUGAGGCAUCUCGGUGCCAGCUCCGGGAUAUCCAAGCUUUUGCAAAGGAUCAGAUUUGGGAUCCUAGAAAUUGUGUUUAUCACUCUAGUUGGGUGUUUCUUGAUGUACAAACAAUGGGAAAAAAACAACAGUGGAAUGGUAAAUCCUGCGUAA